ACGCGAUUUCAUCACUGACCGCGAAUUCAACAUCCAUCAUCACUUCAGCCAUGUCAGACAUCUUAGAAAAGUCCUUGGACGACAUCAUUGGAGAGAACAAGUCCAACAAGAGAGGCUCCUCCUCCCGCAGAGGAGGGCUCGCCAGAAAGAACCCUUCGUCCAGAGUCAACAAGCCAGGCAGAGCCUCCAGACCUCCCCCCACCAGAAACCCAAGAUCCUCGCCAAACUCGGGGCUUCCUCGUGAAAUAGUGUCGAUGGCAGGCUCCAGACCGGUGCUUAGGGUCAGAAACAUCCAUCCUGAGUUGAACGGUGAAGAUUUGUCCAAUUUGUUUGGCACCAUUUCUCCCGUGGAUUUUGUCAAGUUUGACAACAAGAACGACAGCAUAGCCUACGUUUGCUUCCAGAGAGACAACGCCAGAAGCAAUGGCGAGGCCAUCGCCAAGUACGAUGGUAAAAAGGCCAUGGGCCAGCUUUUGGGCGUCGAGAGUGCCACCUCGUUGGCUGCUCGUAUCGGAAGUCUUCCAGUCAGAAACCAACCACGCAGUGCUCCAGCUCGGGCUCCUAAGCCAGCUAAGCCAAAGAGAGCCAAGCCUGUUAAGAAGAGUGCCGACGACUUGGACAACGAGUUGGAAGCCUACAUGAACGCCAAUGGUGGAGCAACUGGUGCAAGCGAACCUGUGCAAACCCAGCCUGUUGGCGAAGUAGCUUCCAGCGAAAAUGGAGCUACCAAUAACGGAGCGAACGAAGGAGACGAUGACAUGAACGUGGAUUAGGUCAGCAGUCUGGUGAAGGUCGACUUAGGAAUGAGUAACUGAAUAUUCACCACGAAACAGUGCGACAAAACUUAAACAUCACUAAUAAGGAGGCGAGCCAUGUAUGCCAUGGAUCGACUAUGUAUCACUAAUAAACACUGGCGAAGCCAUCAUAGCAAAUGUAUUGGUUGCGGUUUUCUCGGUGGAUUUCUUGGGAGGUAACUAUGGAUUAACAUCCAUUUGUUGGAUGAAUCUAUGGGAUAUCGUCCGCUGUUAACAUCUAAAUAUUUAGAAAAUAAAGCUUGAUCUGUAUAAUUAAACAAUGUGUUACGAAAG